AUGACGGACAAAACGCCUUUUUAUGUCUAUAAACUUGUGCCGUCCACAGCGCCCGUCCGAGAACCGCUCCCAGAGCAACUCCCCGUCAGUGCACUCGACCAACAGUCAGGUUUCAUCCACCUCUCCACUGCAUUUCAGGUGCCGAACACGCUGAAGUUAUUUUUCAAAGAUGAACCCCUUGUUUAUGUUCUCCGGAUUCCGUACGAGCGUGUAGCUGAGAAUCUCCGAUGGGAAAAUCCCGAGGGCACCGUAUGCGGGCCGAGACCGGAAGAGGGCUUGUUCCCGCCACAGCAUCUGUACAAUGAUCUCAAGUUAGGGAAGGAUGAGGUGGAGAGCAUCGCCAUUUGGAUCAAUGAGAAAGGAUGGGAUCAUGCUCUCUCACAAGCGACGCCAUGGCUUGUGUAUUAA